CUCUCUCUCUCUCUCGACAUCGACCUCGACCUGCCCGACCCCCGGGGAGCCAGGGUUCGCGCCGCCGGCCGCCCACCCCGCCCACUCCGCCGCCCCAUCCCGUCUGGCUCGCCGGCCCCCGCGUCAUCCUGCCUCGCCGGCCGCAGUGACCUGGAGCUUAUGCUACAAGUAAUCCAUGCUUAGUAUUUGUUGAGCAUUGAGGGUGCUUGAGAUAAAGAUGCUGAAGAACAUCUUGAGUCAGUCAUGGAGGAGGGGAGCGCAUGUCCUACGGGAAGGGCAUCCAGCUGAAGCAAUGUAUGCUUGUUCAAGUCAAUUUCACAGCGGGCAGGUGUUGAGGUCGGCGAGGAGCUUCUUUGGCGUGGAGGACUUCAUGGACGAGGACAACAGCAAGCCCUACACGUACAAGAAGGAGAAGCGGUCCAAGAACCCGCACAAGCACAUCUCGUUCAAGCAGCGGACGAUCGCGCACAUGGAGCCCUUCACCCUGGACGUGUUCAUCUCGAAGCGGUUCGUGUCGGCGUCGCUGACCCACCGGUCGACGUGCCGGCAGGUGGCGGUGGCGGGCACCAACUCCAAGGACGUGAAGGCGGCGCUGACGUCGCGGUCGGACGUGCCGGCGUGCCUGUCGGUGGGGCGGUUCCUGGCGGAGCGGGCCAAGGAGGCGGACGUGUACGCGUGCACCUACACGCCCCGGGAGCGGGACCGGUUCGAGGGCAAGAUCAGGGCCGUCGUGCAGUCGCUCAUCGACAACGGCAUCCACGUCAAGCUCUACCUCGACUGAUCCUUUCUCUUUUUUGGCUGGUGUGUGUCUGUUGCCGCUCUGCUUUCUACGCCUGCUGCUGAAGAAGAGUGUUGGCUUGGUUGAAUGCGCUGUGACUUUUGCGGAUGUCCAAUGUCUGUUGCAAGAAAUUUCGCAGACUUUUCACGGCUUUACCAGGGUAGCUCUUCUCCGUGUGAAGAUGUCAACCACACUUGACAUUUUGGUGCCUUGUUUUCUACUAGUAGGAGUACCAUUUCUGUUGUUAAGAUGGUGAUGAUAUGGUUUUCUACA